AUGCAAUUCACCGUUUUUCGCACCCGGGGACUUCCACGGUCCUUUGAAGGCUACCUAGCUGGAAAAGUCGUCCGCAGCGGGUCGUACGCCGACAAGAACACGGCGAACCAGCAGGCCGAGGCGCUUCUGCGACUUAAAGGCCCGCCCGUUGCCCGCAUGGAGUUCGAAUACGGCGAGGAAGGCUCGUCCCGGAAUGGAAUGUUCUUCGGCCGAGCGGAAUACAAAAACGGCACGUGUCUCUACGUAUACGUGGACUGCGAGUACCAACAGUUUGGCAAGAUCGACCCGUCGGAGUUUGACGGGAAACGCAUCAACCCACAAUACAAGCAAUUGUGCCUAGCGCCGCGAUACGACGUGUUUGUGAUUCUGCGAAAGGCCAUGAGAAGCCAAGAUGGCAUUGUUGUGUACGAGUACGAAGAAGAGACAAGACCAGAGACAGUGGCCGACGUGAUCGAUGAUGACGACAGUGAUAUUGAGAGCAGCCAUGAAAAGGGGCCUGAAAUUGAAAGUGAACACAGUCCUGUGGAAAGCGAUGACAGCGACCGUAUCAAUGAAGUUUCCGCAACGGAAAAUCGUGAAGACAGUGCAGCUGCCAAGGGUAGUGAUGAGAAUGACACGCCGACUACCCUUGAUGAAGUUGACAAAGAAUCGAGUUUUGCCAGAGUCCGUCAUGUGAACGCAGCCGAUGACAACUGUGUCGAUGGAAGUGAAUCGAAUCAAAGCCAGAGUGGACUUCAGAACGACACAGCACGCCCAUCAGCCCACGGGUCGAGCCUGGGCUCGCAUUUUCAGCCUAUUUUUGUUGGGUCGUACACCACGCUCGCAGAGGCCAAUGCCAAGGCAAUCGACGCCUUUUCUGUCAAAACACGGCCACAGCCACCUGCACGCUUGGACGCCCUCAUGUACUAUCGUGACAUCCUGCAGCCACACCUUCGCCAACUUCGGCUCCAGUUUUGUGCGGACCAGGACUCUCGGGAAGCUACAAAGGAGGCCGAAAUAUCGUGGGAGCCCAGUCCACAGUUCCGGUACGACUACGAGGCCAUCAACGUGGUCGUUGCCAAGAGCGAGAUGCAAGGCCCCCUCGACCUUACGGGCGCAUUUUCGUGA